AUGAAGAGAUCCGCCACCUCCGUCUCUACAUCUGCCAGCGCAGGGAGCAACUGGAAAGCGCUGAAAAAGUCGCUAAACUCGGAUGCUUCCACCUCAUCCUCCUCUUGCCCUGCACGUCGUAAAGCCUCGUUCUCCUCCUCCACCAAGCCAAAAGGCAUGGCAAGGCCAAGAGGAUCAGAUCUCAACGCCGUUAGCAACGGUCAUACCGAUCGCAGUCGAACCUCGAGCCGCGCUGCAAAAACCUUACCAUGGUUUGCCGAAGACAUUUCACCCCAAGAUCUAGAGCUUGUCCGUUUAAGCGCAUCAGACAGAAUCACGCGCAGUGGGCAAUGGGAAGGUCUGAUUGAUUGCAAUCUCAAAAAGCAAAUCAUUCUUGGCGGUCUAGCCGAGGAGGCAGCUCCGGCUAAAAAGGAACCCGGUAACUACCUUGCCAUUGACUGUGAGAUGGUUGGAGUAGGCGAAAAAGGUUGCCAAUCUCUUUUGGCCCGUGUUUCCAUCGUCAAUUUCCACGGUGUUACCAUCUUGGAUCGAUUUGUUAGGCCCCAGGAAAAGGUCACCGACUACCGAACUUGGGUGUCAGGAGUUCGAGCCAGCGACCUGAAGAAUGCUCCUUCAUUCAGCGAGGUGCAGGGAGAAGUAGCCAAACUGAUCAAGGGUAAAGUUCUGGUGGGACAUGCUAUUCAAAACGAUCUUAAAGCUCUACUUGUUUCCCAUCCAAGAGCUUUGAUAAGGGAUACUGCCACUUUCCCACCACUGAGGGAUUUGGCAAAGACGAAAUAUCCAAGCCUUAAAAAGCUCGCCAAGUUGGUCCUGGGCAUAGAUAUUCAGACGCAGGGAGAAUCGCAUUCGUCUGUGGAAGAUGCUAGGGCAACAAUGGCAAUCUUUAGAAGUCAAAAGAGCAUGUGGGAUAAAACAUUGCGAAGCAAAGAUCACCAUGGAUUUGCGAUUGACGAGAUCGACGCAGUUGACAGUAGUAGUGCUGGCAGAUCAACGUCGAGAAGGAUGGGGAACAAGGUUUGCAAACCACGAGCGAACAGCAUAGCGAUAGGUCCUGUUUCUCCUACGUUGAGGAAGAGAAGUAUGUCUAGUUCCCCAGCAGCAGCAGCAGGAGCAGCAGCAGCAGGAGCAGCAGCAGGAGCAGCAGCAGGAGGAGGAGGUGGAGGUAGAGAAGGGGGAUUCCAGGAUACGCUCAAGCUGAAAGCUCGUAUGGCUGCCAAAGCUGAUUGGUGGAAGGAUCCCAUCUGA